AUGGCAGAUACGGCAGCUCAUGAAUCUUCAGCAACGCACCCUGAACCCCAAGCAAGACAUAUAGUUUACUGUGGAGUUUGCUCCCUUCCACCUGAGUAUUGCGAAUUCGGCGGUACAGUGAAGAAAUGCCAGGAAUGGCUACAAGAUAACCAUCCUGAUAUGUACCAGCGGUUAUACUCUGACGAAACCAUAACCGCAAACCUAAGCACACUCUCUCUCUCCGCCCGCGAGCGUGCUGCCAAAGACGCUGCGAAGAAAGAAGCCAAAGCUGCCCUAGCCGAAACCCGCAACCAGGAACGCAAAGCCGCCGCCAAAGUCCAGAUCCGCCGCGUCGAGCGCAGCAAGCGCAAGUAUGUCACCAUCAUUUCUGGCCUAGAAGCCCAUGGUUUAGAGAACAAGAAGAUUGCGAAGGAGUUGGGGAAGAAAUUUGCGACGGGGAGUUCGGUGACAAAGGCGACGUCGGGAGUGGCGUCGACGGUUCAGGGGGGGAUGGGUGAGGAGAUUACGGUGCAGGGAGAUGUUAGUGAGGAGAUUUUGGAUUGGUUGAUUGAGCAUUAUGGUGAGAAGGUGCCAGAGGAGAAUGUGGAGUUGGUUGAGGAUAAGAAGAAAAAGGCUGCUGGGUGA